AUGCUUCUUCCUGAUGUGAGCUCAUACCCAGAGAAAAUGGAAGUUACAGGCAGUCAUUCUAGCAGCAAAGAUAACAACAUUAAGAUGAACCCUAGGCUUUUGUUUGACAUUACAUUACAUGGAUUUCUUCUGUGGGCUUCAAUGGGAUUCUUGCUGCCGAAAGAUGCUGUACUCGCGGUCACAGUUGGAGCAAUCAUGUCCAUAGAAGACUUCAACAAUGCUUUCAACAAUAAUCAUCAAAGAGUGGGAAUGGCACUCUAUGAGUCUAUGGUAUUAUCUGGCUUCAGGCCAUUUUUGAUAUUUUUAGACCUCAAAGGUAGUUUGCUGUUUCAGUGA